GUGGUGUUGUCUACUUCUAGUGACGGUCUUCUCUGAUACAUCUCUUAGGUGGUCCUAUGACGAAUAAACGGUCGAUGACCUGUCACGAGGAGUGACGCAUUAGCUCAACACCUCACUUUUGCAGCUGCAGCAGCUUCCACCACAACAGCGAUUAAAUAGACAAACAAAUACUCGAUAAUGGAAGCGGCAUUUGCAAAUAUAGAACUCGGACGAUAUAGGAAGAUUAUUCAGACAUUCUGGGACCCCUCACCGGUCAACGACGCCCAGGCAGACGUCCCAGUAUGGUGUCUCGGGCGGCAGUACCAGCUAGCGGAGGCGGAAGCCGAAGACGAGGAGCAGCAGCAACAACGGCACAAGGACGAGGAAAAGACAGAAGAGAAUAAAAACGGACAGACGGAGAAUAUCGAACAUGAUACCGUACCGUCAACAGCGGUGGCGGAGAACAACUGGCCACCCAGAUUCAUCCACGACUUCGAAUCACGCUUCUGGAUGACAUACCGAAGCGACUUCCCACCUAUUCCUCGAACAAAAGACUCGCCCAACGCUAAAAACCAACCGAUAACUCUACGAAUACGACAGCAUCUCAGCGACCCUACACAUUUAACGUCGGACGCAGGCUGGGGAUGCAUGAUCCGGUCCGGCCAGAGCUUGCUGGCAAACGCCACCGCCAUGGUGCGCCUAGGCAGAGACUGGAGACGAGGCGAGCAAGCAUCCACAGAAAAACAGAUUAUAUCCCUUUUUGCAGACGACCCGGCCGCGCCAUACUCUAUACAUAACUUUGUGCAGCAUGGUGCAAAGGCGUGCGGCACACAACCCGGCGAAUGGUUUGGCCCAUCCGCCACCGCAAGUUGUAUCCACGCAUUGGUAAAUGGCCAACAGCAGGGCCUACGCGUCUAUUCGACAGGCGACGGGCCCGACGUCUACGAGGACGCGUUUAUGAAGGUAGCCAAGGGAAAUGAUGACGGCCAGUUCCACCCGACGCUAAUCCUUGUUGGAACGCGCCUGGGCAUCGACAAGAUUACGCCGGUGUACUGGGAGGCCGUAGCGGCCGCGCUGCAAAUGCCACAGUCGGUAGGCAUUGCUGGUGGCCGGCCAUCCUCUUCACACUACUUUGUAGGCACGCAAGGGUCCUUUAUGUUUUACCUCGACCCACACCAUACUCGGCCCGCGCUGCCAUACCACGCAGACACGGCGGCGUACUCUGCCGACGAGGUGGACUCGGCGCACACGUCGCGGCUGCGCAGGAUUCAUAUCCGCGAGGUCGACCCCAGCAUGCUGGUCGGCUUUUUAAUACAGGACCAGACGGAUUGGGAGGACUGGCGGCGCGCGGUCAAGCAUGUCCAGGGGAAGGCUAUUAUUCAUGUAGCGGACCGCGAGCCGUUGCCGCAUGACCUGUGGCGCGAUGAUAGUCUCUUGGACGAGGUCGAGACCAUGAGCGAGGAGGAAGAGCCAGAUGGUGUUGCCGUUGCUGCUGCGGCGCCAGAGCAUUCGUAGAGAAAAAACAAUGUGCAUUCGUAAAUGUGUCGCUCGCUAGUGUCACGUGGCUCGAGGCGAAAUGAAUAGAAAUUUCGGCAUUAAAUUGGUGGUUCAUAUCCACAGUUGGUGAAGAUGUUGAUCCAGGUGCAAGUUGUACGGGUUGCUGAAUGAGCCUGGUAGUUGAAAAACAGCGUUUGGUGCACACUUGGGGUAGAAUUGAACAACACCAUACAUUAUCAUGACAUCAGAAUGGGUUAAUAGAAGAAGAUUAUUCAGAAUAUUAAAUUUUCAUAUUCACAUUUAAAUUCUAUACUUUUGCUUUUUGUCAUCAUUCGUAUAGGUUAGCUGUAGUGCCCACGCGCCCACAUCGCGACCCGGCGCGUCAAACCAACCCAUGUGGAUCAUCCAUUUGCACCACUGCCUGAGCAUGGUGUGCAGUACUCAGGUCUACCGUCCCUUUUUGCCCUUUUUGGACGACCCUCGCUCCGAGGAGACUAGAGCUGCAUGGCCCUCCUCCUUGAUAUGGACAAAGAGCUUUGUCCGCGAAGGGAACAUGGCCUUGCAUACCGUGCAGGGAUGCUGAAGACAGUUAGUUGAUGAUAAGGGAACAAACGGUAAUUUCACCGUACCCCGUCCGGUAUGGCCGCCGCCGCAGCCUUUCUCUCUCUCUUGGCCUUGGCUUUGCCAAUCUUCUUGACUGGCGCGCUGUCGGGCUGCUGGUUUGCGGCGUCAGAUGCCGUGGCAUCUCUGUCAGACACAGCGUCGCCGUCGGACGUUGGCGUGUCUACUGCCGAUUUCACAGGCUCAUCUAUUUGGAUAUACUCGUCCGCGUCAUCCUGUAGUGUCAUGGAGCUCAUAUCGUUGAGCUCAUCUACCGCGACACUCCCCUCCACUCGUGUAUCAGCUUCAUCGUCUAUAAUCUCGAAAUGCGGCGAUCCUGUCGCUGGGGUAUCAUCCUUGCCAGCACCAUUCUCCGGCAAAUCCAAGUCAAUGCCCUCCUUUCUCAUCUGGCGCUGGAUAUCCUGCACAGCCUUGAUAUGCUUCUUGCUCCGCUCAUGUGCCUCGAGCUGCUUCUCACUCUUGAAUGUCUUGUCGCAAAAGACGCACUCGAGAAUCUCCACGACAGACUCGGCAUCCGACUCGUCAUAAUGGUACUCGGCGCUAUCUCUAUCCCUAGUCUCGGGCUGCAUCCAGCUGGGUAGCUCGUAGUUUUCAGCUUGUUGCUGGUUCGCUGCGCGUGAUCGGGCGGCUUGUGCGGCGGCCGCGUUGCGACUGGCGGCUUGUCUCUCGGACUCGGUCUGCGAGUUGGCCGUGUAUCGUGGAUCGCGCUUCCUGACAAAGGAUACUAGGAAGCGGACUGUCUGGUUGAACUCCUGGAUGCCCUCCUCCCGGAACUUGCUGUUUUCCUUUUCCAUGUAGCGGCGGGUUCGGCGGUCCGGCGCAUCGCCAAGUCGGUACUUGUCUUUCCAUGUAAACCGCUUCCGUGUGGCGAAUGCGGCCCAGGACUUGUAAAAGAGCUUGACCACUGUCUCGAAAUCGUCGUCAGAUUGUCCAAAGGUGGGAUAGUCGGGUAAAUCGGUGCCUUCAGCUUCGGCGGCCGCUUCUUCCUCCAGAGCUAGGUGCUCAAACAUUUCCCGGAGGAUACCGUAGAAGCCCGUGGGCUCGUCGUUGAAUUUGACAUUUGCGUUGAACCGGCCGACCAGGUUCAUAAUCUCCUCGGCCGAUGUGAGUCGAACGUUGCGGUACGUUGUCGGCGCCUGGCUCGGUUCGUCGUCUCCGCGGAGGAUGACAUCUUUGUGCGAAUCAUACCAUGAUCGUUCUUGGGGGUCGGAUAAUAUUUCGUACGCAGACUGGAGAUCUGCAAACUUUUUUGUUGCUUCUUCUACGUCGCCAAAGUUUCGAUCGGGAUGCAGUUCUAGGGCCUUUUUGCGAUAUGCCUUUUUAAUUCUGAAAUCAUGUCUCGUCUUAGCCCACGAACGUGUGUGUCUCAUACAGGCUUAUGGCCACUAUCACUGUAGCAGUAGUACUCACUCGACAUCUGUUGCAUCCUCUGCUACGCCGAGAAGCUCAUAGUAACAUAUUUUUUGCGGCUCAUCAGACGACCCCGCGCCGCUAUUAGCAGACUGGGACUGUCCCAUGGUGGUCGAUACCGCUCUCUAUUCCCGGUGUAAAUAAAUGUUACUGUAUGAAAAAACAAGCAAACCACAGCUCUCUCCACAGAAAAGGGAAUAAUCAAUCCGGCUCCCCGUUUUAUUUGUUCCCGGCCAGGC